ACUAUGUCAUUAUUGCUGAACAGCAAGGGAAGCUGCCGUCACAGUACCACGGUUGUGGUACUUUCGGUAGCCGUUCUGCUGACCGUCGGACAAGUUCAAAACCUUAAGUGCAGGACGGCAGACCACUCGAGACGCCACGGGGAGUUUAUCGACAUAGCUGAACAAUGCAACAACACGACUUCGGGCGACCGGUCGGCGUCUGCGAUGGACGGCGAUUAUUCUACUUACGCGUCAGGCGGCAGCGGCGACAACGAUGGUCGGUGGAACGGAGACGGCCGGCGGAACAACAACAAUCGCGAGUUCAGCGUUAACCGACAGGACUUUGGCGGCAACCGUGGUAGCGGUGGUGGCAGUUACGACCGCGACCAGUGCGGCGAAGCCCGACCGCAACAAUAUUCGGGAAAUACGGGCAGCCGUUCAAAGAACCACCGACAAGGGAGUUAUCCGAGUGUCGAUUAUGACUCGGGACAAUCCAAUUCCAACCAUAACAGACAGCCACUGCCUAUGAGACGAUAUCGCAGGGAYGACAGCAAUGAUAAGAACAAACAUCAGAAGGCAGUGGUGACAGGCAACAAUAACAGACUUUUGGGGAACAAUCGUUUCAGAAACGUGACGAAAACCGGAGGAAACCAACAGGGUAAAGGGACGUACCUCGACAAAAUGGACGCCAUCUCGAACAUCCCCAAUGAAACCAUUUCCAUCAAUAAAAAGGGACAAUCUGUAUUAUACGAUGAAAAAAUUAACGAAUCGGCACGUACUUACUACAAUAAAACUUUGAGCAUGUUUCUUUCUUGGGUGCCGCUAGAGAAAAUGAAUGAUGAAUAA